CUAAGAACCCCAGGCCCAAGCCCACGCUCAAGCCCAGGUCGCGUCAGUUACUUUAGUUCCUUCGCCGCUACGUCCCCUGACCCUGAGACUAGGAAACAGCGAGACUGAAGCAGUAACAGCAUAAGCAGUAUGGAGAAGAAGCUAUCCAGAGUUGCGAAUACCUUCACUCCAUCCCCAAUUCAAGAGCUUUCCCACUUAGCUCAGCGAUGCAACGCAAUCAACCUCGCCGAAGGCUUCCCGGACUUCCCCGCCGCUCCGGCCAUCAAGUCCGCCGCCGUUUCCGCCAUCAAUUCUGACUUCAACCAGUACAGGCACGUGCAAGGAAUUUGUGAGCUGUUGGCUAGAAAUGCGAAAGAAAUGUAUGGAUUGGAGGUCGACCCUGAUACCGAUAUAGCGAUUUGCUGCGGCCAAACUGAGGCUUUUGCAGCAGCAAUGUUUGCCAUAAUAGACCCUGGAGAUGAGGUUGUGCUGUUUGAUCCUUGUUACGAAACCUAUGAGGGUUGCAUUCGGUUGGCAGGGGGGAUUCCUGUAUAUGUUGCGCUUGAGCCACCUCAUUGGACUUUGGAUGCUGAGAAAUUCAUGAGUUCGUUCACUGGCAGAACAAAAGCGGUGAUCUUGAACAGGUUUAUUCAUUGCGUCGUCUUCUUUUGGAAUGUUGGUGGUCUAUUAAACCUUGGUUGAUUGAUUUUUCUGUCCUGUUUACUAGAUCUUAGUGGGAAGACCUCUAUUCUGAACUCUCAGCUUGAUCAUCUUCCUAACGAUAAUAUCAAUUCUAAGAAAUACUUCUCUCGACAGAAGUAAAAGAGUCCUAGGUUGUGUCAACUAAGUGGUUGUCUUUAUUAGGUUGAGAAAUGAUGCCCUGGGAACUAAGUAUUUAUGCACUUAUUGACUGUGGAGUGGCACAGUCCUCAGAAUCCGACUGGGAAAGUUUUCACCUGGAAUGAGCUUGAGAUUAUAGCUGAAGCUUGCCGCAGCAGAGAUUGCCUUGCUGUGACAGAUGAAGUAUAUGAGCAUAUCACAUAUGAUAAUGUAAAACAUGUUACUCUCUCCUUGCUGCCAGGAAUGCAGCAACGGACCAUCAUCACAUCUUCAGUAUCAAAGACUUUUGGCGUCACAGGAUGGAGAAUCGGCUGGGCAAUUGCUAAUCCGAUCGUGGCCUCUGCUAUAAGAAACAUUCAUGUCAAACUUACAGAUUCAGCUCCAGCACCUUUCCAGGAAGCUGCAUUAACUGCUCUGAGUAGUGGCCCAGAUUACUUUGAAUCACUCAGGAGAGACUAUGAAUCAAAAAGAGAUUACAGCAUCCAGUUGCUGACCGGGAUAGGUUUUCAGAUUCGUUUUAAACCUCAGGGAUCAUUCUUCCUAUUUGCAGAACUUCCAGAAUCGUCCCCUCUUUCAGAUGUGGGUGCCUCUCUUGCUCUCACUGAUCCAAAGACUAAAGUUGCUUUCUUGACCUUGAUAAUCCCUUGCCUUCUCGUGCUUAUGGUUCAGGUGGAAUAUGUUAAGCAUCUAAUAGAACAAGCCGGUGUGGUGGCUGUCCCGGGUCGCGGGUUCUUCCACUUCAAUUCGGUAUCUUCAGAAUCAGAGGAAUCACUAUCUGCUUGUCAUGAUUAUCAGAAGAGAUACAUUAGGUUCGCUUUCUGCAAAAGCAGCGCCACAUUGGAAGCAGCAGCGCAAGGACUUAGUGAGCUCGUGGACACGAAAGGCUGUUUGAAUCUGCCUCCUCCUUGUAAGACUGACACAUAGAUAGAUUGGCAUAAUGGUGCCAUCAUCUAUCAUAUGGAAUGAUGAUGUGUUCUUCUCAUCCAAUUUGGCUAAGGUGCUGAUAGUAUUGGCGUAUGCAUAAGUUGGUAUCAUUCAAUCGCCCAACCAAGAUUCUAUCCAAUCAUUUGAAGAUUCUAUCCAGAUUCCUUCUCAACAGUACUUAAUUAUUUAUCUCGCAAUUAUUCUGUCAGCCAUCAACUGCCAGUGACUUGUUAAGCAAAGCUGGCAAAUCUGACUUGCAUUGUUGUGCCCUUGAUUGAGUCAAUCUCAAACAGAGCAAUUUGAUAUCUUAAUCAGGGUAUUGAAACG